ACUCCUUUGUGUGUGAGUAGUGGGCGCUUGAGCGUUUGAAUUCGUACGUACGAGUUAUUAUUCUCAUCAACGACUCGACCCGAGAUAAGUUUAUGCCCGGCUGUUUGUGCGAUCGAUUCAUACAAAACCCGAGGAGUAGUUAGUUAUAUUCCUCGAAAGCUGCGCGCUGCAAAAUACAAUCGUCGGCAGGUGAUUCAUUCAUGGUGCAUUGCGUUUAGAAAAUGUCCCUAGAGAACAAAGACAAUACCUGAAAUCAUGCACACCGAAAAAAAGGACGGGAAAAAAUUCAGCUGUGCGAACUUUUCGCAAAAAUUCACGUACAGUGUAGUCACGUAUACGGAGUUAUUUUUUUACAAGUUAGGAGUAUGUGUAGGAAAACACCCAUUCCGAACAAUCGGACUUUGUUGGGCUUUAGUUUUGUUGAGCGCUUUAGGAUUUCUACGAUUCAAACAAGAAAGAAAUCCCCUGAGAUUAUGGGUCCCCCCAUACACCACAUUCGUCCGGGAUUCGGAGUGGCUGAUCAAAACGUUGGACAGGGCCUACCAAGAAGAAGUUGUCAUGAUUACGGGUGAUGACGUUUUGACGCCUGCUGUUAUCCAUCAGAAUACCGAAAGUGGACAAAGCCCUCCUGAAGAUGAUCGAUGGAAACGAAACAGGAAAAGACCAAAGCACCACAAUGGAUCCCGCGUUGUUCUGCAGCUUUGUGGAAGCCAUGAAGUCGGAAUGUUACACUAGAAGCAUUUUGGAGUUGUGGGGUUUCAAAGCAAAGAAGAUUGCCAAUAUUACCAAAGACGAUAUUCUCUGGGCCAUUAAUACUUUUGACAGAAAUUCCUUAUAUGGCAGACUGAAAGAUUACAACGAUUUGCUGGGAGGAGUUGUUAGAAACGAAUCUGGACAUAUUAUUAGUGCGAAAGCCAUUCAAAAUAUAUGGUACUUGAACGUUAAUUUCUCAUCAAUAGACAUGACGACAUCGGGAAACGAUGCAGGAACAGCUUUAUGGGCAAACGACGAGGGUCUUGAUUGGGAAAAUGCUUUUCUGAAGUUGAUGAAUAACAUCACGAAAAACUUCAAUCACAUUUACUAUUCUGCAGGAAGGAGUUUUGGUGACAUCAGCAAUGAUUCGAUGUUCUCGGACAUGUACUUGCUGGUCAUAGGAGUCUCAGUGAUGAUAGUUUACGUCCAGUUGGUUAUCUCGAAGUUCAACUGGCUGGAAGCGAGGAUUGUUUUAGGUUUCAUCGGAUUGCUCACCAUAGGCAUGUCUUUUGUCGUGGGAGCCGGACUAUGUUCUUUGAUAGGCAUUUUCUAUGGACCAGUGCAUACUUCUUUGCCCUUCCUACUGAUGGGGUUAGGGGUGGAUGAUAUGUUUGUGAUAUUAGCCUGCUGGGAAGAAUUGAAAGAAGAAGACAGAAAACUGCCUAUUCACGAAAGAGUGGGCUUGAUGCUUAAACACGGGGGCGUAUCAAUCACAAUAACUUCGUUUACCGAUAUUAUAGCUUUUCUCAUUGGAUCGUCAACGAUACUCCCGUGCCUUGAAUCGUUUUGUAUUUAUGCAGCAGCAUGUGUACUUAUGACAUUUAUUUUUGCCAUAACAUUUUUCGUUGCCUGCUUCGUAUUGGACCAGAGAAGAGUUGAGAAUAAACGAAACGGUGUCGUUCCGUGGAUAAAGCACAAGGAUUCUUACAUACCUAAUGAAUGCAGCCAAAGAAAAUAUACAAAUAGUAUUUUCAAGAUGAUCUAUUCCAAAGUGAUACUGACCACACCAGGAAAGAUCAUCGUCAUUGCCAUAACUGUGAUAUUAACCGGAUUCGGAACAGUGGGUACCCUCAAACUGGAGCAACAUUUCGACCCCGAAUGGUUUAUCCCGAGCAACACUUACUUUGGAGCUUUCUUGGAAACCAGGAGAAUUCACUAUCCGGGCAGAGGAUUCGACGCGGGACUUUAUAUCGGCCGAUUGAAUUACAGUCAAGAAAUACUCACCAUCAAGAAGAUUUCCGAUGAGCUGUACAGCUUGCACAAUAUCACGCACAACGUACAGUCCUGGGUGGACCCUUUCAGGAAUUUCGUUCACAUUAAUUUUGAUCAUGAUAUUUAUAAAGAACCUUUGGAUGACGAAAGGUUCCACAUUUUCUUAUCGAAGUUUUUGCACAGCCCUCGACAUGCCAAGUUCCAAGCUAACUUUAUUUUCGAUGAAGAACUACAGUGUGGAGUUGCUACUCCUAAAAUCAAGCUGACUAGCUUCGACUUUCAUUUCAAGAAAUUCAAAAAUCCCAGAGAUCAAAUACCCGCCAUGCACCGAGUUAGGGAAAUAGCCGAGAAUGCUAAUUUCACAACCGGCGACAGGUUUGCAACUGUUUGGUCGCAAUUCUUUUCCACGUGGAUAACAGACGAGGUGAGGAACUGAAGAAAUUUUUGUCAU